AGGGAGGUUGGACCAGGAACAAUAGAGAGAAAGCCAGCCAGCCCUGAAACACCAAACAAACAGAGAGACACAGAGAAAGAGAGGAAGCUCAGCCAGGAUGGAGGCACACCGAGCGAAACGGAGGAGAACAUGUGAGGAAUAAACCACCGAGAGGACCAGGAGGAGGGCUGCAGAUCUUCUUCUUUCUUUCUUUCUUCUGUCGGUGGAUUGUAUUGAACCGGAUUCCGAUAUGAACCCUGCAGAAGCGGCCGAGGAGGCGCCCAGCGACCCAGACACUGAUGCCUUCUACAAAACAGGGUCAUUGAGGACUGAAGGCAUCAAGGCGUCUGAUGUUCUUCCUGUGUUAAAGGAGAAAGUUGCCUUCGUUUCAGGUGGGCGAGAUAAAAGAGGCGGACCGAUCCUGACAUUUCCUGCCAGGAGCAACCACGACCGAAUAAAACAGGAAGACCUGAGGAGGCUGGUGACCUACCUGUCUACUGUUCCCAGUGAGGAUGUCUGCAAACGUGGUUUUACCGUCAUCAUCGACAUGCGUGGUUCUAAGUGGGAGCUGAUCAAACCUCUGCUGAAGACACUGCAGGAGUUUUUCCCGGUUGAGAUCUGCGUGGCGCUCAUCAUCAAACCGGACAACUUCUGGCAGAAACAGAAGACGAACUUCGGCAGCGCCAAGUUCUCCUUCGAGACCAGCAUGGUGUCGGUGGAAGGUCUGUCCAAACUGGUGGAUCCCUCGCAGCUGACGGACGACUUUGAAGGCUCUCUGGACUACAACCACGAGGAGUGGAUGGAGCUGAGGGUCUCACUGGAGGAGUUCAUGUCCAACGCUGUUCACCUGCUGUCCAGACUGGAAGACCUGCAGGAGCUUCAGUCCAAGAAGGAGUUUCCUGCAGAUGUGGAGGGAUCUCGUCGGUUGAUAGAUGAACACACACAGCUGAAGAAAAAGGUGCUGAAGGCUCCAGUGGAGGAGCUGGACCGGGAAGGCCAGAGGUUGCUGCAGUGUAUCCGAUCUAGUGAUGGUUUUUCAGGGAGGAACUGCAUCUCGGGCUCUGCUGACUUCCAGAGCUUGGUGCCCAAGGUGGCCAGUCUGCUGGAUAAGCUCCACUCCACGAGGCAGCACCUCCAUCAGAUGUGGCACGUCAGGAAGCUGAAGCUUGACCAGUGCUUCCAGCUCCGUCUGUUCGAACAGGACGCCGAGAAGAUGUUUGACUGGAUCAGCCACAACAAGGAAGUGUUCCUGCAGAGUCACACAGAGAUCGGCCGAGCAUACCAACACGCUGUGGAGCUGCAGACUCAACACAACCACUUCGCCAUGAACUCCAUGGUAGCUAUUAAUGCCUAUGUAAAUAUCAACAGAAUCAUGUCGGUGGCGAGCCGCCUGGCGGAGGCCGGUCACUACGCCUCCACGCAGAUAAAACAGAUCUCGAAUCAGCUGGAUCAGGACUGGAAAAGUUUUGCCGCUGCACUUGACGAGCGCUCCACCAUCCUCGCCAUGUCGUCCGUCUUUCACCAGAAGGCUGAACAGUUCCUAUCGGAGGUGGACGCCUGGUGUAAAGUCUGCAGCGAGGGAGGGCUACCGUCCGAGAUGCAGGAGCUGGAAAUCGCCAUCCACCGCCACCAGAGCCUGUACGAGCAGGUCACCCAGGCUUACACCGAGGUGAGUCAGGACGGUAAAGCCCUAUUGGACGUCCUCCAGAGGCCUCUGAGUCCCGGCAACUCUGACUCAAUGACAGCCACUGCCAAUUACUCCAAAGCGGUUCACUGCAUCCUGGACGUGGUUCACGAGGUUCUCCACCAUCAGCGGCGUCUGGAGAAUAUUUGGCAGCAUCGAAAGGUCCGACUGCACCAGAGACUGCAGCUGUGUGUGUUCCAGCAAGACGUCCAGCAGGUGAUGGACUGGAUAGAAAACCACGGCGAGGCUUUCCUCAGCAAACACACUGGCGUCGGGAAAUCCCUUCACAGAGCCCGAGCCCUGCAGAAGAGACACGACGACUUUGAAGACGUAGCACAGAAUACAUACACUAAUGCAGACAAGCUGCUGGAGGCGGCGGAGCAGCUGGCUCAGACCGGAGAGUGCGACCCCGAGGAAAUCUACAAGGCAGCCCGGCACCUGGAAGUCCGAAUCCAGGACUUUGUCCGCCGGGUCGAACACAGGAAGCUGCUGCUCGACAUGUCCGUCUCCUUCCACACACACACCAAGGAGCUGUGGUCGUGGAUGGAGGAGCUGCAGAAGCAGCUGUUGGACGAGGUGUGCUGCGACUCGGUGGAUUCGGUUCAGACUCUGAUCCAGCAGUUCCAGCAGCAGCAGACGGCCACGCUGGAGGCGACGCUCAACGUGAUUAAAGAGGGAGAGGAAUUAAUACAGCAGCUCAGAGAUGCAGCCAUGUCGACCAAUAAGACGCCUCACUGCAGUUCCAUCGCACACAUCCAGGGGGUGCUGCAGCAGCUGGACGAGGCCCAGGGCCAGAUGGAAGAACUGUUCCACGAGCGCAAAAUCAAGCUGGACAUCUUCCUCCAGCUACGCAUAUUUGAGCAGUAUACGAUAGAGGUCACGGCGGAGUUGGACGCCUGGAAUGAGGAUCUGUCUCGUCAGCUGAACGACACCGGCCGCUCGGGCUCCAGCAGUGGCAGCGGCAGCGGCGGGGGAAGCGGCGGCGGCACCUCCGCUAGCGGAGCAGAGGAAAUCAGCCUGGCGGAGCAGCGGCUGAAACGACACGCAGAGAGGAAGGCGGCCAUGAACAAUAUGACCUACGAAGUGAUGCAGCAGGGUCAAGACCUGCACCAGUACAUCAUGGAGGUCCAGGCUUCAGGGAUCGAGCUGACGGGGGAGAAGGACAUGGACUUGGCCUCUCAGGUUCAGGAGCUGUUGGAGUUCCUCCAUGAGAAGCAGCAGGAGGUGGAGCUCAACGCGCAACACACGCACGCGCGGCUGGAGCAGAUCCUGCAGCUGCGCCACCUACAGGCCGAGGUCAAACAGGUGUUAGGUUGGAUUCGUAAUGGCGAGUCCAUGUUGAACGCCAGCAUGGUGAACGCCAGCUCCCUGUCUGAGGCCGAGCAGCUGCAGAGGGAACAUGAGCAGUUCCAGAUGGCCAUAGAGUCUCUCUUCCAUGCUAACUCUCUCCAGAAGACUCAUCAGAGUGCUCUGCAGGUCCAGCAAAAAGCCGAGAUGAUGCUGCAGGCAGGUCACUAUGAUCCAGAGGCGAUCAGAGGCUGUGCUGAGAAAGUGGCCGUUCACUGGCAGCAGUUGAUGCUGAAGAUGGAGGACCGCCUGAAGCUCGUCAACGCCUCUGUGGCCUUUUACAAGACGUCCGAACAGGUGUGCAGUGUGUUAGAGAGCCUGGAGCAGGAGUAUCGCCGGGAUGAAGACUGGUGUGGCAGCCACGAUAAACUGGGACUGUCGGCCGACUGCGAACACCUCCUACCUCUGAUCAGUAAACACCUGGAGCAGAAAGAAGCCUUCCUCAAGGCGUGCACUCUGGCCCGGAGGAACGCUGAGGUGUUUCUGAAGUACAUCCACAGGAACAAUGUGAGCAUACCUGGAGCCGCCGGUCACGCCAGAGGGCCCGAACAACAGGUCAAAGCCAUUCUGAAUGAGCUGCUGCAGAGAGAGAACAGAGUCCUUCACUUCUGGACGUUAAAGAAACGAAGGCUGGACCAGUGUCAGCAGUACUUGGUAUUUGAACGCAGUGCCAAACAGGCGUUGGAUUGGAUCCAGGAGUCAGGUGAAGUUUACCUGGCCACACACACGUCACCUGGUGACAGCAGCGAGGAAACGCAGCAGCUCCUCAACGACUACCAUCACUUCAGACUUAGUGCCAAGCAAACCAAGGAGAAAGUGAAGCUGCUGAUCCAGUUGGCGGACAACCUGGUGGAGAAAGGCCAUGCUCACGUGUCGGAGCUGAAGCGCUGGGUCAGCACGGUGGACCGCCGAUACCGCGACUUCUCCCUACGCAUGGGCAAAUACCAGGAGAGCCUAGAAAGGAGCCUGGGGGUCAACUCAGAGGACAAUAAAGACUUGGAGUUGGACACUAUCCCCGCCAGCCUGACGGACGACCCCGAGGUCAAACUGCGUGACCCUAACCAUGAGGUCAAUGAGGAGAAGAGGAAGUCCGCCAGGAAGAAAGAGUUCAUCAUGGCAGAGCUGCUGCAGACAGAGAAGACCUACGUCAGAGACCUCAACGAGUGUCUAGAGAACUACCUGUGGGAGAUGAGCAGCGGUGUGGAGGAGAUUCCUCCGGGCAUCGCCAACAAGGAGCACAUCAUCUUCGGCAACAUGCAGGAUAUCUGGGACUUCCACAACAAUAUUUUCCUGAAGGAGCUGGUGAACUACGAGCAGCUACCAGAGGAUGUCGGUCACUGCUUCGUCACCUGGGCUGAUAAGUUCCACAUUUAUGUGGAUUACUGUAAGAACAAACCAGACUCCAGUCAGCUCAUACUGGAGCAUGCCGGCACCUUCUUCGACGACAUUCAGCAGAGACGUGGACUGGCCAACUCCAUCUCCUCCUACCUCAUCAAACCAGUCCAGAGGAUCACCAAGUACCAACUACUGCUGAAGGAGCUGCUGUCAUGCUGUGAGGAGGGUAAAGGAGAGAUUAAAGAUGGUUUGGAGGUGAUGCUCAGUGUUCCUAAGAGAGCUAAUGACGCCAUGCAUCUCGCCAUGAUGGAGGGCUUUGAGGAAAACCUGGAGGUACAGGGCGAGCUGAUCCUGCAGGACAGUUUCCAGGUUUGGGAUCCACGCUCGCUGAUCAGGAAGGGGCGGGACCGACACCUCUUCCUGUUCGAGUUCUCACUGGUCUUCAGCAAGGAGAUCAAAGACUCGGCUGGCAGAACCAAGUACCAGUACAAGAACAAACUACUGACGUCGGAGUUGGGGGUGACCGAGCACAUUGAGGGUGAUCCAUGUAAAUUUGCUCUGUGGGCAGGAAGAACCCCCUCCUCUGAUAAUAAAACGGUGCUAAAGGCGUCCAACAUGGAAGCUAAACAGGAGUGGAUUAAAAACAUCAGGGAGGUGAUCCAGGAGAGGAUGACUCACCUGAAGGGGGCGCUCAAGGAGCCUCUUCAUAUGCCUAAAGCACCAGCACUGACCAAACCCAGGAAUAACACUAAGAGGGAGGGAGGUGAAGAUGGAGACAGCCAGGGAGACGGCAGCAGCCAACCAGAUACCAUCUCCAUCGCAUCCAGGACAUCCCAGAACACUGUAGACAGCGACAAGCUCUCUGGAGGCUGCGAGUUGACAGUCGUCCUUCAUGACUUCACAGCAGGAUGCAGCACGGAGAUGUCCGUCAGCACCGGCCAGACGGUGGAGCUGCUGGAGCGGCCGAGUGAGCGGCCCGGUUGGUGUCUGGUCCGAACCACCGAACGCAGCCCGCCACAGGAGGGACUGGUUCCCAGCUCCGCUCUCUGCGUGUCCCACUCGCGCUCCAGCGUAGAGAUGGACUGCUUCUUCGGCUCGGGGAAAGAAAACUAUCCCGUUAGCGGCUCUGAUGGAAAGACCGAGUCCGUGGCGAACCUUCAGCCGCAGCCAUCCCUCAGUUCGCUGCAGUCCAGCUCUCCGGGUCCCAAGCGCUCCGGAAACACUCUGAGAAAGUGGCUGACCAGUCCGGUCCGCCGCCUCAGCCAAGGCAGCUCCGUCAAGAAACUCCCCAAUAACAAGCAGAAGAAGACGGGACCCGGAACUGGAAGAGACGAAAACAGAAAGGGUAUUGACCUGGGUCAGCCUGACCUCACCCUGCAGGAUGACAUCAUCGAUGAGCGAUUCCACAGUAAGGAAGGGAACCUCCUCUCUAAGACGCCCUCUGGGAUGCAGAGCGGCGGUGAGGAGGAGCAGGACGAGGAGGCCCACACCCCUCUGCCUCCGCCCAUGGAGAUCAUCAAGGACUCAGCUCAGGACGACAAGUCUUCAUCCUUGCUAACGUCUAUGCAGUCGUCCUCUGAGGUGCCCAGCGCUGCAGAGCUGGUUAGCGCCAUAGAAAAACUGGUUAAAACCAAGAUGACUCUGGAACCAGGAGCGUACCCGGGCUUCUCUCCUCUCUCUCCACCAGAGCAAACUCCUCCCGUCCAGCCACGAAACCCUGAACUGGAGCAGAGAGCCAAAGCCAUGAGAGGACGGAUGUUCGUCCUGAACGAGCUGAUUCAGACGGAGAAGGACUACGUGAAAGACCUGGGCAUCGUGGUGGAGGGCUUCAUGAAGAAGAUCGAGGAGAAGGGCGUCCCCGACGACAUGAAAGGAAAAGACAAAAUCGUCUUCGGGAACAUCCACCAGAUCUACGACUGGCACAGAGACUUCUUCGUAGGAGAGCUGGAGAAAUGUCUGGAAGACAACGACCACCUUGCUGAGCUCUUCAUCAAACAUGAGAGAAGACUCCACAUGUAUGUGGUUUAUUGUCAGAAUAAGCCGAAGUCAGAAUUCAUCGUAGCAGAAUAUGACACAUAUUUUGAUUUAAUCCAGCAGGACACUCAGUCCAGGUUGACCCUCAGUGACUUCCUCAUAAAACCAAUCCAGAGAAUCACCAAAUACCAGCUGCUGCUGAAGGACUUCCUGAAGUACAGCUCCAAGGCAGGCAUCGACUGCGAACAAAUUGAGAAAGCGGUAGAUUUGAUGUCUCAGGUCCCCAAACUGUGUAAUGACAUGAUGAAUUUGGGUCGGCUGCAGGGAUACGAGGGUAAACUGACCUGUCAGGGCAAACUGCUGCAGCAGGAAACCUUCUUUGUAACAGAGCAGGACGCCGGCGUCCUGUCGCGCUCCAAAGAACGGCGAGUUUUCCUCUUUGAGCAGAUCCUCAUCUCCAGUGAGCUGCUCAGGAAAGGAUCGUCCACGCCCGGGUACCAGUUCAAGAAAAGCAUCAAGAUAUCCUACCUGGGUCUGGAGGAAAGCGCGGACAACGAUCCCUGUAAGUUCGUCUUGUAUUGUCGCGGCUCGUCGGAGCGUUUCACCCUGCAGGCUGCCAACGUCGACAUCAAGCAGAUCUGGGUCCGACACAUCCAGGGCGUCCUGGAUGCUCAGAGCAACUUCCUGUCUGCUCUCCAGUCUCCCAUCGAGUACCAGAAGGAGAAGGGCGGAGCCGGCAGCAGCUCCUCGCUGACCAGAACCCGCUCGUCGUCGGGGAACCGGCCCGCCAUGACGUCUCACAGCCGCCCGUCCUCGGCGGUCGGCCUCAGCGACAAGGAGACGGAGCGAGGGAGGACCCAGAUGAAGGUGUCCACAUCCAACGGCGGCUCGACGUGUUUCGACUCCAGGGACAUCGAAGGCGGCUGUAACGGCGUCUCCUCUACCAUGUUGGUCUCUCAGGACUACUCGGCGCUCAAAGAGAACGAGAUCUGCGUCAGCCAGGGCGAGACGGUCCAGAUCCUGGCCACCAAUCAGCAGAACAUGUACCUUGUUUACCGGCCGGCCAACAGCCAGUCGCCGGCGGCGGAGGGCUGGGUGCCGGGAAAAAUCUUGGGCCCGCUCACAAAGCCCUUAAAAGACUCUUCUUCUACGUCCUCCUUCCCGGCGGCCGUGGCCGAUGCCAACAACAUCAAGAAGUCUCUGUCGUGGAACACACUGCGCGCCAGGAAGCGCGCUGAAGCCGCCAAGGACAUCUGCGCGGUGGGGGUCAGAGGUCAGGAGAACGGCCUCCUCCGUAAGCCUAAAGAAACCACGCCCCCUCCGCCGCUCGCCUCCCCCGCCACCAGGGCGAAGGGCAAAGACGUUCACACGUCAGAUGAGUCCGACUGUGAUGAUGACCUUGACCCAAAAACAGGCAUGGAGCUUCUCAACCCAAACUUCAUCCAGGAAGUGGCUCCAGAGUUCCUCGUCCCUCUGUCAGACGUGGUGUGUGCGUUCGGGGAGACCGUGGUCCUCUGCUGUAAAGUCUGUGGACGACCCAAACCCUCCGUCACCCUGAAGGGCCCCGACCAGAACCCGGUGACCAGCAACAACCGCUUCACCAUAGACAUCAGGGAUACAGGUGACAUCUUGUUGAAGAUCUGUAAUCUGAUGCCUCAGGACACCGGCAUCUACACCUGCGUUGCUGUUAACGACCACGGCUCUGCCUCCUCCUCCGCCUCCAUUAAAGUGCAAGGUAUCCCAGCAGCCCCGGGGAGACCGGUGGCCCAGGAGGCCAGCAGCACGUCGGUGAUGAUCCACUGGCCGCCUCCGGCUUCAUCCGCUCACUGUGCUGUCAGCAGCUACACGGUGGAGUACAGACAGGAAGACUCGUUGCUAUGGCAACAGGUGGCCAGCAGCAGAGAGGAGUGCGUUCAGAUCGACACACUGAUCCCCGGAGGUCAUUAUCAGUUCAGAGUGAGAGCCUCCAACCGCUGGGGGCUCGGCCCGCCGUCCGAACCCUCCAACAUGGUCACACUGCCCAGCGGCAACUCUGGCUACGAUGGAACAGGAAUCCAGUGGAAAGAAAACUUUGAGUCGACCUUCUCUGAGAUCUGUGAGAUUGGAAGAGGACGAUUUUCAGUGGUGAGAAAAUGUCUCAACAAGACUACAAAGAAAGAGGUUGCGGUGAAGUUUGUGAGUAAGAAGAUGCAGAAGAAGGAGCAGGUGGCUCAUGAGGCCGAUGUCCUCCGACAUGUGCAGCAUCACCAGCUGGUGGCGCUGUUGGACAUAUACGAGUCUCCCGCCUCGCUGAUGCUGAUCCUGGAGCAGCUGGAGGACGGUCGUUUGCUCGAUUACCUCGUCGCCCACGAUGAGCUGAUGGAGGAGAAGGUGGCGUUCUUCAUCAGAGAGACACUCGAGGCCCUGCAGCACCUUCAUACCUGCAGAGUGGCACACCUGGAUCUGAAGCCUGAGAACAUCAUGGUGGACCUCCACUCUCCCACCCCGGGCAUUAAGCUCAUCGACCUCGGCGACGCCGUCCAGCUGUCCGCCCAACGCCGGUACGUCCACCUCCUGCUCGGAAACCCAGAGUUCGCUGCACCCGAGCUCAUCCGUGGGACGCCGGUCUCUGUCGCGACCGACGUGUGGAGCGUCGGUGUGCUAGCCUACGUGAUGCUCAGCGGCGUCUCCCCGUUUCUCGACGAAUCGCCGGAGGAAACCUGCGUCAACAUCUGCCGCCUGGACUUCUGCUUCCCGGACGACUACUUCCGCGACGUGAGCCAGGCGGCGAGGGAUUUUGUGUCCUCGGCGCUGCAGCAGGAUCCCAGGAAGAGGCCGAGCGCUACUUCCUGUCUGCAGCACCCGUGGGUGGUCCGCGGGGGCGCACACGGCGGGGAGUACUCCAAGACGCCCCUGGACACGACGCGGUUGGCCACAUUCAUUGACAGAAGGAGACAGCUGCAUGACGUCCGGCCCGUCACUAAUAUCAAAGGGCUGGUGAGCAGCAGCAUGGGCAACACACUGUGACGGAGAGCAGCUCCGAGUGUUCCAACACUCCAUAACUAUCCACCUGUGACCACCAGGGCACCCACGAUAACAUUACAAUAUACUUUAAGCAUUUAAUUAUCUUUAGUAUUUAUUAAUGUGUGAGUGGGAAAGGUGCCUGAAUCCUUCCUGUGGUGCGAGAUUUACUUCUUGCUUUAGGACCACUCUGUUGCCACUAGACCAAACUUAUAAGCAGAAGAAAUAAUUGACAUGUAUGGCUGUACGAUACUUAAUUACGACUAACACUUCAUUCAACCAUUGCAUAUGAAGCGGGUCCCAUAAACUGCCUAGAACACCCCAUAAUAACCCAAAGAAAUUACCUCAAAAGUUGAGAAAAAGAGCAUUUAGAAAACCCACUGUGAGCAGGAAUAACGGCAACAUAUUACUUUAUAUUUCUAGUGUUUAUUUUUCCAGGGACAGAUGAUGAUGAUAUACGGGAGGCAAGAGCUAAUCUUAUCUCGUCUCUUUCAGUUGGAUCUGCAGAAGUCUGUUGGUGCUGUUGCUCAGGGUCCUGCAGGGAUCGGCCUCACUAGCCAACUGGCCGGCAGAAUAAUAAUCACUGAGAAGCAUCUCACCACCCGUGCUAAGCUAACAUGCUUUGACUAAUAUAACUGAACAUAUUAAAAAAGCUUUACUGAGUUUCUGACAGUGAUAUUUUGCCUGACCUGUGAUAUCAGUAGCUAAAAUGGCAAUGCACUGUGACAAAACUGCUAACGAUGUAUUUGUAGUCAUCUAGUCUGAUUUGAAUUAGAAACUCUCAUGAAGGAUUUAACGAGUCUAAACAGUCUCAAAGGGAAUCUGUCGGAUCAUAACUAGUAGAUGUAUCAGAGGAGGUUAGAAAAUGUUGGUUUAGUUGCUGUUCCUAUCCUGGGUCAGUGUCUUGCUCAAUAACCCAGGAUUGCUAGAAUCAGGGGACUGAUCCUGCACAUUCGUGCACACACGUUCGCAGAAAAAGGUGUAUGAAUGCCACGAUAACGUGCAAGGCGUUUAGCGUGCAAUAAGUACGUCUUUCUUGAUUUCUGCAUGUCAUCUGUACGGCAUUUAUCCUGUACCGAGUGCAACCAUGACUUACCCUAACUAAGUGUUUUUCUUGCCUGAACCUAACUGCGUACGUUUGCGUGGCGUACAAAUGACACGCAAAAAGGCUAAAAGGCAUACUCACGACACGCGUAAUGUCCGCGUAAUGCCAUGGUAUUUAUACACCUUCCCGUUAGACCGGGUUUGUAUAUUGCUUGAAGCCUGUCUCACACAGUAUAGCUUCACUAACAAAGUAGACUGUUAAUUAGGGACAGUCUUUUUGAGGAACAAUGUGCAGCAGAGCCAUCAAGAUGUUGUGGAAAACUUCAUGAAUGAAAUUUGGGUGUAACAAGCGGGCAGGUCACUCGAUAGCAUGGAUGUUCUUGAAUGUGUGGUGAUUUGUUGAGGAGGGAAAGGUCCACUAACUGUCCCCACUAACUGAACACAUUAUAAAUUCUUCUUGCUUGUCCAAAUCACUGGUGGGAAAGCCUCUCCACACAGGAAAUAUAUUAAAAAAGUAUCUCCUAAAUGACAGAAAGCAAAAAGAAAAUGGACCUUUUUAAAAGGGAUAUUUAACUCUUCUUGUCACCACGGAGGAUUUCUGGAUAACCUGUACAUUAACAACUGUAGCUGCGAUUUAAAACCGCCAACAUGGAACGCUUCUUGGAUUGGAUGCAACAGCGCUGAACCCUCGCUAUGAUGAUAUACCUUUAAUUUAUUGAAUGUUUAUUUAUUUCAGGACUGAGGUUUGGAGUGAUAAAUCAUGUUUGCAAUGGCGACCUGGAGCAGUCUGGUCUGCGCUGAGUGGAGUUGAGGAGCUGCUGGACUGAGCAGCGACAGAGUUUACGUUGUGAAUAGUGUUGUGGAGAACUGCUGGAGUUUACACUGACUGAUCUAUACUGGACUGAACUGUCAUGAACUACAAUGAACUGGGUUAAAAUGUGCGGUUGUAGCUGGUAGCAAAACAAAAAAUCACUGAGCCUAGCCUCGCAGAGCAAACGGAGGACUACUGGACCUGACAGGAACACAGAGAAGACACCGUGGAGACUGAAACCCUUUCUAGAGGACAAUUUGUUCGUAUCACUGUUUACAAAUACUCUGUCCAAAAAAAUGCUUAAGUAGUUUACAAAAUAAGUAGAAUAAUCAGGGAAAACCUGCAUGUAAGUUCACCAGGGAUGGUUUAGAAAUCAGGUUAGAAGUCUGUCUGUUUCUUGAACAAAAAAAAAACAUUUGGUGUUAAAGUGGGAAACGAACUCCACCCUGAAACUUCUCUGUUUGUACAUUCGUCUACCAGCCGCUGUGGUAAGUAACCGACCAUACUGUUUGGCUCCCGUUCAUUUGUCUUGUAAAAUAGUUCAUGUGGCUGCUGAAUCGGUUGGAUUUAGACAGAAGAGUCCAUUUUGCUGUCUUGUUUCUACUGAUGAAUGUAAAAAAAAAAAAAGAAGUGUAGAAUGUGUUCUGCCAUCACAAGUGCUGUCCUCUGCUUUCACCAAACGCUUUGCGCUUUCACAAUGCUCCCUUCUGACCAUUUUGCAUCCCCACCCCCUCCUCCCCCCCUGCAAGCAUUUAGUGUACUACAAUAGUAAGCAUUUAUUUUCAUGCGGCCGGGGAUGCAGAAUGGUGCAAAUGUAAGCACGCCGCUGUUCUGUAGAGCAACUUUCACCUUUGGUGUCGAGUACAUCCGUGCAAAUCUAGGGCUGGGUAUCGGUACCGAAAUAAUCCAGUACUAAGCCAGCCUGUUCGCAGGAAAAGGCGUUUGAAUGCCACGAUAAUGCAUGAUGCAUUUAGCGUGCAAUAAGAACGCCUUUCUUGUGUUUGAUUCGUCAUUUGUACACCGAGUAGUCUGUACUGACCACUAUGUAAGCCCUCCAAGUAAAUAUGCUACGAUCAGAGCUAGUGACGGAAGAUAAAAAGUGAGGAAGACCGUUUAUGACGGACUGGCGGGUCGGGAGGUGGAUGAGUCCAACAAACACGCAACUUUUCCGUGUAAUGUCGUGCUAUUUAUACGCCUUCCCAUGUGACUGGGUUGACCAAGUAAUGCCGAAAUUUCACCAGUCAAACGAUACCUGUAUUCAAUCUUUUUUUGUCUCCAGAUCAAAAAAAGAAUGUCUAUUUGUAUGGUUUUGCUCGCAGCCAAUCACCACAAGCAUUCUUUGAUUUAUUGCAACGUGUGAUAGGCCCACUACCGCAGCAGAUAGAACCCAUACAGUCUCUACAGGUGUGGUGAAGUUGAGCGCUGUGUAUUUUACGAAGUUGGCGGUUCAGCGGGACGAGAUGCCACCAAAACGUUGGAAAAGUAUGGCUAUACUAGACGCCUGUGGUGCCUGGUAAAAAAUAAAUGAAGUGGUGGUGUCAUUUUACGCAUUUAACUGAAUACUUCCAAUCACAUGAUGGGUAUCGGGUGACGUACAAAAAACGGUAUCAAAUGAAGUAGUUUAGCGGUAUCGGUAUUUAAAGCUGCCUUCACAUGAUAUGUAAUUUGCUCUUCGCUCACUUCGAGGUCUAGGGCACAGAGCCUUGCAGAGUCAAAGCGCAGCGCGGAUGAAAUAUGCCAUCAAAAUGUGUGCAAGGAACGACAUUCACUGUUUCUAAUUAACAACAACUGUUGCAGCUGUUAAUCUCUGUGAUUGCGCUUUGAAAGGUCAGCGGCAACUAAGGUCAAAGUUGAAAUCAUUUGGACUUUGAGCACAGCGCUCUGUGGCAAUCUCAAGCGGUGCACCAGGCCAAUGGUAGCGCUUCUGCCUCGUCGAGCGGCACCGCAAUGGGAAAACAAUGGGAUGGCUAAGACAGAGCGAUUUUACCGCUGAUCAUGUGUGAGUGGCUUAACGGUACUGGUAUUGGUACUGGAAUCGUAAUUUUUUUAAACGAUACCCAGCCCUAUAUGCAAAUCUGCAAGUGUAGUAGUUUGUGUUUAUCAGUGCAGCUGUAAUGAGAUCUAUUCAGGUACCAGUGAAACAGCAGAGUUUCAUCUCAGUUGCAUCUUCUCAGCAGGGACUCUGGAUCAGGAGAGUCUCAGCUUCAGCCUCUAUCCUGCAGGGUUAUCUUAUCAUCAAGCAUGUCUGCUGUAAACAACACAGCAUUACUUUAAACAUGUUUUAUUUAUCUCCUCCUAAUAUACAGAACAGCUUUGUGUUAAAUGGUUAAAAUAAAAUACGAAAAAUACUUCCAGUCAAUUGCUAACUGUAUCAACUAACAAGCUGAUGUUGCUCAAUGCUGUUGACAACAUUAGUGCUGAAAUAAUCCGUCCACUCAUUAAAAAAGCAUAAUCAAUAUUAGUUGGCACUCAGCAGAAUAACAGUUGUUGUAUUUCAUCUUUUUACAGAGACUCAAAAUAUUCAAUGUUAGAUAAAUAAGUCAAACAAAUGAUAUAAAUAAAUACAGACAAAUUCUGUAAUUGAACCAUUAAAUUGUGAAAUAAUCCAUUCAGUUUUUGAAACUAUUGUUAUAACUGUGACUUGAUUGACAGAUAAAAAUCUUUGCGAUUAAAAAGUGGUGUUAUGAAAUAAAACUGUCUCUUGGAAUCAAAUAAAAAUGUGAUAAUAAGCUCUGUUAUUGUGAAAAGAAGCAGGAUUAUUUCACAACUUUGUGGUUAUGUUAAAUUUUGUAUUACUCAUACAAUACAUAUUCUAUAAUGUCAUAUUUAUUUAUUUAAUAUUGGACACUUUGGGCCUCCAUACAUUGCAACAUCAGCGACCUAUCAGCUGGGAAAUUCAGAGUUGUUUCUCUUGAAUGGAAUACUCUCACUGCCUUACGUGCAUUUAUUGUACGAUAAAACAACAGUUCUUUAAACUAGCUAACAAUUGAUUGAAUCCUAAAAUGCCUGAAGUAAACAAAUGUAUAUUGUUUAUAAAAGAUAAAGCUCGAAUAUGAGGCUGAAAAGCAAGAUUCAGUUGCAGUUGGAUGCCCCUCAACGGGCUGCAGGUCCGUCCCUGCUGGUUUCUUUAUCUUUUAAAGAGCCCUUCAUUUACUCUUUGUUUACAUUUCAACUGGAAAAGUGAAAUCUGUUCUCUGUAUUCUAGUCUUUUAUAGCUCUCAGGGUCUUCAUGAAGUACAACCCAGCCUUCAAAACUCCUAAUAAGCAACUCUACUACUGAGGUCUGUUUUUCUGUCUUGUUAUAACUGUUAAUAGUUUCCUGUAGAGACGUUCAUCUGCAGCACCACUUUUUUUAAUUCCCAGUCUGCCCAUCUGCAUUUAAACUGGCAAUAGAAACACUGUAUAAAAAGAUGAUAAAUGCAGUAAUAGUGUACAGAAUGUAAAGUUGUGUCUAAAGCCAGUACAGCUUCACCCUCCGGUUUGCUUCAGUUGUUCUCUUAACCAGGUUUGAUUUGGUUUAACUCUCUGAAGAACAGAGCUGAUCUGUUGGAUGUCUGAACAUGAAAUCAUUUUUAAGGUUAGGGAAUACUUAGAAGUUAACAAAUCUUUAUUUCUGAGUCUAUAGUGAGCUUCUAGAUGCAUUUUAAGACUAAAUUUAGAACUAACUGACACCUGUUUUUCCAUUUGUUUUGAUUAGGUGAAUUAUAUUGAAAUACACAUAUAUGCAAAUUAACCCAAAACGCAUCAAAAAACUAAAUCUGAUCACAACAAAACAGUUUAGCAGCUUGGUUACUCGGUUACAAGUUUAAAGUACCGAGAGUAAAAGUACUUAUCAUGCAGAAUGGCCCAUAUUCUGAAAUCAUAUUAUUUGAUUAUGAUAAUUGAUGCAUUGUUGUGCACAUCACUUUUAUGCUACAGCUGAUAAAGAUGGAGCUCAUUUUAAUUACUUUAUAUACUUCUGGGUACCCCCGUGGAUCAAUAAAGUCUUAUCUGAAUCUGCAAAGUAAUUAGAAACUAAAGUUUUAUCACGUAAAUGCAGUGGAGUAAAAAGUACAAUAUUUGCCUCAGAUGUAGUGGAGUAGACGUACGGACACUGCUGUAUUGUUAAACCCUCUAAUCAGAUGUUUUCAGAUCUUCUUCUCCACAGAGUUAAACUUCAGAUCACCCAUCCCAGUGUCAAUUCAGUCCCAUAAUGCAUCUGCUUGGUGAGCCGCGUAGCACCAUGGUGGCUCCUCUCUGCCCCCCUGUUGCCUGUGCUGUAUCCUGAUAGUGUUCAUGCUGAGCUUCGUUAUGCUGAUGGCUUCAUGUUGCUGUGUGAAGCAGCUCUCUUCUGUAUAGGCUGCCUCUUCUUACUCCAUCCAACCUGCUGGUUUGUUACUCUUUACUAAUAAACAACCUGCUUGUUUGUAGCUUUUCCUC